CCCUCCCUCCCGCCUGCCCCAUCCCCCUCCCCCGGUGCGUCUGUGCCCAGUCUCUUCCAGUCGUUGCGAUCGGCCCUACAUGGAGCCCCCCGGACUCCUGCGCUCCCCCUGAUACAAAGCAGCGGCUCUCCGGCCCUUUGCCUCUGCCCUGCACCCUGGGGCCCCCUGGCUGCACCCCUCUCUCGCUCAUUGGAUUAUAUGGUGGCCUCUUGGCCCUCCCUCGGCACCAUGCAGCCCCCUCCGAGAAAGGUGAAAGUGACCCAAGAGCUGAAGAACAUUCACUCCGAGCAGAUGACAAAACUGCAAGCCAAGCACCAGGCGGAAUGCGAUUUGCUGGAAGAUAUGAGGACAUUCAGCCAGAAGAAAGCAGCGGUGGAAAGAGAAUACGCCCAGACGAUUCAGAAGUUAGCCAGCCAGUAUCUGAAGAAGGAAUGGCCAGCGGUGAAGCCGGAUGAACGUAGCGAGUACAGGAGUAUUUACACGGUGUGGAAGUCAUUCCUGGAAGGCACCAUGCAGGUGACACAGUCUCAAAUUAACAUCUGUGAGAAUUAUAAGAACUUGAUUUCCGAGCCGGCCAGAACCGUCAAACUGUAUAAGGAGCAACAGCUUAAAAGGUGUGUAGAUCAGUUGACGAAGAUCCAGGCCGAACUGCAGGAGACAGUGAAGGAUUUAGCCAAGGCCAAGAAGAAGUACUAUGAAGCCGAACAGAUGGCCCAUGCGAUGCGGGAAAAAGCCGACAUAGAUGCCAAAUCCAAACUCAGCCUGUUCCAGUCCAGGAUAAGCUUACAGAAGGCCAAUGUAAAGUUAAAAGCACGGAGAUCCGAGUGCAACGCCAAAGCCACCCACGCCCGGAACGACUAUCUCCUGACACUGGCAGCUGCAAAUGCCCACCAGGACCGCUACUACCAGACUGACUUAGCUAAUGCUAUGAAGGCACUGGAUGGCAACGUAUACGACCAUCUGAAGGACUAUCUCAUGGCCCUCAGCAGGACGGAACUAGAGAAGUGCCAGGCCGUGCAGAAUACAUUCCAGUAUUUAUUAGAAACCUCCAGUCGGGCCUUCAUGCAACUGAAAUUUCCUUCUUCGGUAAUGCGGGAUUACAAUCUCCAGCUCUUUGUACAGGAGAAUUUAGUGUUCCACAAAGCACAGCCCUUCCAGUUCCAGCCUUGUGACAGCGACACAAGUUUUAGUGCUGUUCCUCUGGUGGACAUUGAGCCGUCUCCUGUGAGUGCAAUGAGAAUGAUAUUAGCAAAGAGCCGACAGCUGGAGUCUGAAACCGGCACUACAGAGGAGCACAGCCUAAAUAAAGAGGCUCGGAAGUGGGCUACUCGGGUGGCACGGGAGCACAAAAAUAUCAUCCAUAGUCAGCGGGCCCUGGAGGAGCUGGAAUGUCAGACCACCCCAGUUUCAGAGCAGAGCCGGAUGGAACUGGAACAAAAGAUAGAAGAGACUAGAGAGAAUAUGCGCAAGGCAGAGAUUACAAAGCUAAAAGCUGAAGCCCGACUGGAUCUGUUGCGGCAAAUCGGUGUGUCGGUGGACACGUGGCUGAAGAGUGCAAUGAAUCAGGUGAUGGAGGAGCUGGAGAAUGAGCGCUGGGCAAGCCUCCCAACCCUGAUGAAUAAUGGCUCCUCCCAUAUGGGAGGCACAGAUGUGGAUCGGGAGGAUGGAGAGGAGUUGGAGGACAGCAUGGAUGCCUUUGAUGACAGCAGCUCCAGUCCUUCUGGCACCCUACGGAACUAUCCGCUGACUUGCAAAGUCAUCUACUCUUACAAGGCCUCUCAGCCUGAUGAGCUGACUAUAGAGGAGCACGAAAUGCUAGAAGUGAUUGAAGAUGGAGACAUGGAAGACUGGGUGAAGGCGAGGAACAAGUCGGGGCAGGUGGGGUAUGUACCAGAGAAGUACCUCCAGUUUCCUGCAUCCAACAGCCUACUGAGCAUGCUCCAGUCCUUGGCUGCACUCGAUAGUCGCUCCCACACUUCCAGCAACUCUAACGAUGCUGAUAUGGCCUCAGGGAGCCUGAAUGGAGACACCAAUGUCUGUUUCGUGAAAGCACUUUAUGAGUACGAUGGCCAGACCGACGAUGAACUGUCAUUCCCAGAGGGGGCGAUCAUUCGAAUCCUGAAUAAGGAGAACCAGGACGAUGAUGGAUUCUGGGAAGGAGAAUUCAACGGACGCAUCGGGGUCUUUCCUUCUGUGUUGGUGGAGGAACUCACUGGGUCUGAAAAUGGAGACGCCCAGUGGUUUGGCGAUGUUCAGAUAUCGCCAUCUCCGAAGCCGCAGAACUCUCUUCCCCCGCUGCCUCUAUAUGACCAGCCUCCCAGCAGUCCCCUUUACAGCCCAGACAAGAAUAACGCCCAGUACUUUCCUCGCUCGCCUUCUGGGAAUGAAAACAACAUGAGUUUGGAUUCCCCAGGGACGUCCCACCCACCCAGAAGCAUGCCGGAGACUUACCAUAGCAAGCUGCGCCCUGUGCGCGCUGCCCCUCCACCACCCACGCAGGCACAGAGGCGGCCGGCCGAGAAGGCAGAAGAUGUCGAAAUAACGUUGGUGUAACCACGGGUUUCCCAAACUCUGCUGACAUCAAGGCCAAAGGACCUGUUUGGUCGAGACGUUCAGGCACCUUCUGCAUGUAGCGAUCCAUGUCAUAUCAAGGGAGGAGGAUUUUCUACGGCCGCGGACUUACAUUGGACAUUUUGUGCCUUUUUUUUUUUUUUUUUUCUUCUUUUUAAUAUAAAUGUUAUCAAGCCUCUUUUAGCACAAGAAGCAAUGAGGUUAAAGUCGUGCAAUGUAGGUGAGAUCAGCUUUGUACAGAACGGCAGGGGCGUCCCUUACCUGCUUAACAUUAGAUGGAGACGUUGGGUACCCGUGGAUACUGUUAGGCAGUAGCCUCUUCUCUGCACUGAAUAUUCCUUCUCUGCAUGUUUGUACCUGGGAAUGGGUGAUGCCAUAGUGCUUGCCUCUGUAGACUCAUAAUUCAUCUCCUUGCUGUUCUAGCGAAGCUGGCAAGCAAAAUGGCAGCACUUGCUCUAAUAUAUAAAGGCUAACAAGCAAAUAUGUAAUUCUGCUUAUAAAGGCACCCAAGAAAAUGUUGACCAUCAGUCCGCCAUCUUCUGUUAAGCAGUUUGGGCACCCCUGUUCUGAGCAUAGACGAGCCCCGCAGAGGUUGCACCAAUGAGGACGCUUGGAAGAAGCACCUCCCCCGGCUCCUGUGCCAAGGCUGUAGAAUGACCCAAUACAUGCAGCAUAGUCAUAGAAUACUUCUAUCAUGCGCGUUAGUACAGUAUAUUACUGUUGCCAUAGGAAUGUGUUAAGACUGUCCGAUAUCUCCGGUUCUCUGUAUAUUGAACGGAUACAAACUCAUGGCACCUCCUUCCUGCCCCCAGAAUCCCGCGGUGCAUUGCAGAGCAAAGUGCUGCCAACGUGGCAGGAAAGGAAGGUGAAUUCAGACUAAAAGGGGGGGCUGGCUCCUCUCGAUUUUAUUCCCGAUGAUACAUAACACUGUACCGUGUCUCUGCCCAUUUCUUCCAUCAUUAAUCAUUCAGAUACUAUGUAACAAAGUGAUGUAUGGAUAUUUAAGCAGCUCCAGAGCUUUGGAUAGUGUGAGUCUGAGAACCCACUCUGUAACUUGCACGCCUCUUUCUGCUGUUGGACUACGUUUCCCAGCAUUCUCUGCUGGUUGAAACUCCCGGGGCCAAAGGCUCUGCCGGACCAUAGGAAGCAUAUAUAUAUAUAUAUAUAUAUUUCAGAGGCUUUCUCUUAUCUGCUUGUACUUUAUUUUUCUUCCUUCUAUUGGAAGCACUUACGGUGCUGCUUGUGUAGGCAAAUGACGGAACUCUGCAGAAAAGCAUCCUAUCAGCAUCUGAUUGUAACUGUUUCCCAUUCCUGCUCCCUUCCGACUUCCUGACAGAUUUCCUGACUUAUCUGGGACUCUUCUUAUUGUUUAUUUCCCCUUUAUCUCUCAUUGGAUGAAUGCGACUGUGCUCACAGACGCCCCUUUACUGGCGCAGAGGAUCCAUGGGCACAACUGAAAAGCAAAGAGCCAAUCAACACAUGGAUUUUUUUUUCCGGCUAUCUGAAUUCCACGUGUUCUGUGCCAACCUGGCUGAAUUAACUGCUUUUGUCCAUUAAAAAAAACACAAAUGGAGGUACUGGUGACAUCACAGUGACAUCAUUGUGACAUCAUUAUACGCAAGCAAGUCUCCAUAAGCGUUUUGCACCUUGUGGUCUUAAAAAACAUGGAGCAGAGACCACAGCCGGGUCCGGAACCAAGUCCACCAGGGGAUAAACCAGUGACGCCAGUAUACGAUGAUAAUCCACGUGGGAUUCGUUACGUCUAAAUUACAUUUAAUUACAGUGCAAAUGUUUUAACCCUGUAUAUAGGUUUUAUUGGAAAAAUCCACAGAUCGAUGAAACUCUAUUUCCCCCCCCCCCCCUAUUAUUUUGUGCCAAUUGUAAUUUAGGAACAUUGGCUCCGCCCCCACACCCCGACCCCCCCCUGUGCUGAUUGUAGAGAGCAGAAUGUAUGUAAGUGGUUGGCCGGCGUGGCGCCAACUGAUUGUGCAAGGCUUUUUUUUAUAGAGCCAGGAUUUUCCUUGUGCAAAGGAACGGCCGUGUUGUUCUAGGUUGAUCAUUGUUCUAGGUUGAUCAUUGUUCUAGGUUGAUCAUUGUUCUAAUGCUUGAAUGGUAUCUUCUUGGAAGAUUCACUUUAAAAAAAAAAGAAAAAAUAUCUUAUUUCCCCUCGUUCGUGUCUUAUUUUCUUGUCCCUUUAUCGACUGCACCUUCUGUAAAUGUGUUUAUCCGACACGAUUUGUACAUUAAUCCUAUAGAAUGGAAACGGGACUGCAAGUCCCAGCAUGCUUACCCCAGCUGAGCUGGUAGGGGAUGCUGGGAAUUGGAGUUCCUAUUACAGCUGCAGUGCUAUUAACUUGUGUCUCUCGGACCCCAGCAAUCUACCAACCCCUGUAGAGGAUUCUGGGAGCUGUAGUUGCAGCAACCGCUCGAGCGGCACCAGUUAGUGAUCAAAUUUAUAGGCUUGGAAAUGGGUCGCCUUCCUGAUAUUGUCCAACUUCCAGCAUCGGGGCAGUGAUUGGACAAAAUCUAGGAAACGCCCACUACUGCCUAAAGUCGCCCAAACCCUGUUAUCCCCCAGUGGCCCUAUAUCUUGUAAUUUCCUCUACUGUCGGUGGGAUAGACAGGGCCCCCAGCUUCUCUUCUGUUAAUCCCCGGCCAAUUCUAGUCUAUUCAUAGCAACGGUUUUGUCAAAACAAGUGUUAUUUGAAGAAAAAAAAAAAGAAAAGAAAAAUCUUUAUAUUUAAAAAAAAAAAAACAAAAAACGGAAAAAAAACAUUUCUGUAUGAGCUGCUACUUUAUUUAACAGAAAGAUGUACAAAAGCCUCUUUUUAACCUCACGUAGGACAUUUAACCCAUUCCCGCCAUGUACAGUGUCAAUACACCCUUAAAGCAGAGGUGCAAUUCUUCUUUGUAUUGGCUGUAAAAAGUUUGUAUUUAUUAUGUAUAAAAAUGUUGAAUAAUAAAAAAGUGGAAUAUCUCUA